AUGGGCCGCAGCGUCCAUUGGUUCAUUCCUUGGCUGCUGUGUCUGCAGCAGGCCACUUUUUGGCCCCUGCUCGUGGAACCUGCAACAUCCAGCGAUCUCGCACGCCGGAAGAGGUUGCACAGGUGGCCGAACUUCCCGGCUGACGUCGUGGACACAUUCCGACGCUGGGGUGCGGAGCCCAAAGCCUUGGCCUCUGACGUCCCCGCUCUGCGGGCAGGUGGUCCCCAGGAUGUGGAUGCCAGGCUCCGCUUCUUAACGCAAGGGCUGCGGCGCAGUGUGUCGACCCUUUCUGAGCACCCGCAGUUCUUGUGGAGUCGGUUUGAGGCACACAUCCUACCGCGGGCGCUCUAUGCCGAGCAGCUUGGGAUCUUGGAGCAGAUCGGCUUACGGGAUCUUCUUGGAACGCGUGACACAGCCCUGCAGGACAGCAAAGCCUGGCCAGCUGUUUGUGGCCCACAAGCUUCGCGCGGAGCUUACGAGCAGCUGCACCAACAG